AUGAGAAACCCCCGCUCGUUGCUCAUGAGUCUUCACCAUGUUAGCUCUGAACACCACCAUCCUCUCCAUGUCAAUUCCAUAGCGACGGUUCUGGUAUCAAUUGCUUCUUUUGAAUCACAUUUGAAAAUGCCGCCUCAUCUACAUCCGCGGUCGCGGUCGACCAUGUCUCUCUUUGCAGCGACACUCCUCGCAUCACUCUUUGUCGUCGGCAUACCGCACGUCUUCCCAUGUCCCGCUCCGCGUCGUACGCUGGCCGAUUCCGAAAUGAUUGUGACAGCCGAUGGACAACAAAUACAGAAAUUUCGAAGGAAGAGGAGGAAAGACCCAAACAUGCUCGAACAAGAUGGGACGUCAAUACACCAAAUAAGGCCCCAGUCUUCAGAUGAGGAGGUGUCGACAUUCUUACAAAUGGAGGAGGAAGCAGAACGCCUGGCCAAUACAGGGAGAGAAUGCCCUGUUCCUAAGCCCAAGGGCGUUUUGGGCCAAUUGUUAGGAUUUUCAACUGCCGAGGGGAAGCAGAAACAGCGGACUCUCGGGACUGAGUCGGUGACUGCCACAAACCAAGGAGGCUAA